AUGGCGCUCCCUGGGGCCUGCAGGACAGGGGGAGAGGGCUGCAGUCAGCAGGGAGGUGCAGGGGGGACACCAGGGCCCGGCAACAACCCCCCCAACCUGGGACCCCAGCACAAACUCGGAGCCAGACACACGCACACACCCAAGCGAGACACCUGCAGAUCCACAACCCCGCACACGCGCGCUCCCACGGCGGGCCCAGGCUCCCCCCUCUGCUGUCACUGCACCCCCCCACCCCGCCGCCGCCACGUGCGCCCGCCCCGCCCGCCAGGCGAGCGAGAGGCCAAUAACCGGCUGUUGCUGGGGCGCAGCCCCCGCCCGCAGGAGCUGCAGACUCCACGGCCCGCGAGCCGCCCCCUGUCGCCGCCCCCAGCGGGCGCGCGCCUGGGGUGUGGCCGCCCCUACCAGCCGCCCCCCCCCCCGCGCCCCUCCCGGACUGCGGGGGCCGGGGCAGUCGGGGUCGACUCACUUCCCCGGGCCCGCACUGGCCGCCAGGGGGCGCUGCCGAGCCCGCACCCCAUUGUUUGUAAACAAACCCGCCAGACCGCUGAGGCACCUGCGCUCCCGGACCCUCAGUGCCUCCCGCCCAGCUACCCCAACCCAGGGUCGUUCGUGGGACGCAGGGUGGGGAGGGAGCGAGGCGCGGUGUGGGCAUGCAGCGCGCCCCCGCGGCUCUCCCAGCGCAGUCCUGCCACCUCCUCCAGGGAGCCCACCCGGCCUGGCCCAUCGCGGCCGACGGGGAUUCGGGGUGCGCACACUCACCCCGGGGGCAUGAACACGCCGGAGGGGGCGGUGAUGGGGGGCGGGCGGCUUCCUUCAAGAGGGCGCGCCCGCCGAGCGCCGCUCCUUGCGGCGGCUGUUGCUGCUGCGGCGGCGGCGGCUACUGCCGCUCUAACUGCAGUGGCGGCUGCUGCUGCUGUGGCCGCUGCUGCUCCCGCUCGGGCUGGAGGCGCGUCCGCGUCGUGGCCGCCGCCGCCGAUCCUGCUGCUGCUGCCGCCGCCGCCGCCGCCGCCGCCGCCAGGCGCCCGCUCGCAUGUGGCUCGCGCCGCGUCUCAGGCCGCCCGGCGGAUCCCCGGCCCGCUCGGCGGCCGCCCCGGGAAACUCGCCGCCCCGUUACCCAGCAACAAGCCUGGCCCAACCAGGCGCGAGGACCCCCAGGCCCCGCCCGCCGCUGCCCACCGCGUGCCCAAUGCCAGGCGGGCAGAGCCGGCCCGGCUCCCGGAGACGGCGAGCGCGCUCAUUGGCCGCCGCCGCGCCCGCCCGCGCGGAUCUGGGGGAGCCCUCGGCGCGGGGGGCGGGGAGCCGGGCCCCGGGGAGCCGCCGGGCGCACGGCCUGCAAGCCUGCGGCCGGCUGGGGGUACCACGGACCUGGGAGUCUAA